CUCUUGUCUGUGUAUAUAAUAGGUACCACCCUCAGCCAUGAACAUAUCUCCAAAUCUUCAAAGUUCAAAACUGACAAGGAAAAAGAAAAUUCUUUAUAUCAUUUGAUUCAUUACAUAUAUAGUUUUGUAAUAAGCGAGCACAUAAUGGUAGUGCCUUCUCCAACUCCAAUGCGUAUUAAGAAAACAAAAGCAGUUGGGAUUCCUACCGUCGAUCUUUCUCUUAACAGGUCAAUUGUAUCUGAAUUGAUUGUAAGAGCCUGUGAGGAUUACGGGUUCUUCAAGGUUGUUAAUCACGGUGUUAAUAAGGAAGUAGUGGCGAGAUUAGAAGAAGAAGGUUCUGAUUUCUUUGCAAAACCCGCAAAAGAAAAGCAAAGAGCUGGACCUGCUACUCCUUUCGGAUAUGGCUGCAAGAACAUAGGCUGCAAUGGCGAUAUGGGCGAGCUUGAAUAUCUUCUUCUUCAAACUAAUCCUGUUUCCGUUGCUGAGCGAUCCAAGACCGUCUCUGUUGAUCCUGCAAAAUUCAGUUGUGCUGUGAAUGAUUACAUAGAAGAGGUUAGAGAAUUGGCAUGUGAAAUUCUUGAUCUGUUGGGAGAAGGGUUAUGGAUGAAAGAUAAGUUUGUGUUCAGUAGGCUAAUCAGAGACGUCCAUAGCGAUUCAGUGCUUAGGCUUAAUCACUAUCCGUCUGCAGUCAAAGAGGUCAUGGAUUGGGACCCAUCACCCAAAAGAAUUGGAUUUGGUGAGCAUUCCGACCCUCAAAUUCUUACAAUCUUGCGAUCCAACGAUGUUGCUGGCCUUCAAAUCUGCUUGCACGAUGGUUUGUGGGUCCCUGUCCCUCCUGACCCCACCGGCUUCUUCUUGAUUGUUGGUGAUGCCUUACAGGUUUUAACCAAUGGGAGGCUUAUGAGCGUGAGACAUAGGGCAUUGGCAAACUCGAACAAGUCAAGAAUGUCAAUGAUGUAUUUUGGGGCACCGCCACUUAAUACAUGGAUUUCUCCUCUGCAAGAAAUGGUUUCACCACAGAAUCCUACUCGGUAUAAGCCCUUCACUUGGGGUGAAUUCAAGAAAGCUGCAUAUUCUCUGAGGCUGGGAGAUUCCAGGCUUGAUUUAUUCAAGAUUCAUUCUACUGAUAGAAUUGCUUCAUGUUAAAACCUAGCCGUUUUAGUUGGACUCCCACUACUGCAGAUAUACUUUUAAGUUAACAUUCUUCUUCUUCUACUGUCUAUAGAAUGCACGAUGCAUUAUGGGACAAGAAAAGAAAAUGACAAAUUCUUUUUGUAGCUGUAAAUAGGCCACAACUGAAGGGGAUAUGUUACCCUAGCAUGAUUGGCGGGUUCUUUUCUUCUUCUUCUUUUUUUUCUUUUCGGCCCUUCCAGUUCCAGCCCAUUUGUAAUAUUUAUUAUAGAUGUGGCGUGUUAUUAUUGAAAGCGACACAGGUUUGAGUGUAAGGUUAGCUUAGUCUAUGAGAUUUGUAAGAGAAAGAAAUAUCUCUAAAUUAGUAUAUACAGUGUGAUUUCUGCCCUUUACUGUUAA